AUUCUCUUUCCGGGUUAAUUUUCGUCAGAAUCUUGUGAUUUUACCACUUAAUAGUUCAUUGAAGCUUUAGCAAAGGAUUAAAUUUUCACAGUUAUACUGUCUCCAUUUAUCCAAUAGCUGAAAUGCAAAAUUUAAUAAAUUCUGUCAAAGGUACUGCACUUGGGGUAGCAGAAUACCUAACACCGGUUUUAAAGGUAUAAAUAUCUGUAAUAGACAGUGAAAUUACCUUAAAAUAUAAUUAUAAUUAUAAUAAUCAUAAUUCUUGUGGACUACUGUAAAUUAGUAAACUGACUGAAGAAAUUGUAGACUAGACCUAACUUAAUAUUUUGAUAAUUUAAUAAUUUAAUUCAAUAAAAGUAAUACUAAAAAGUUGUAAGCUUAUAGGCUACUAUUUAUUAUCAAUUCCAAUUUAUUAUUGUUAGCCCUUUUAAUAAUUAUUAAUAUUAAACCAUUGCAUUAGGCCCCUAUCUAUGAAUUUUUAAAUAUUUCAAUGCUUAGGUCUACUUACUUUUUCAAAAUUUGUAAUUGACAAUUAUUGUCUUCUUCUAUAUUUUGAGGGCCCUUGAUUAAUCAUCAAAAUCAUGUAUUGAUCAUUCUGGCUCCAAUGUUUGUAGAGGGAUUCGCAAUGUUUCUGUACUGUGCAUGGUUAUAAAGAGGAUGCUUCACUGUUUGCAAGGGCUACUUAACUUUGUGAGGGUAUCAUGCAAUAGGUGUUGGAAGGCCUGAGGCAAUAGACGCAAAUGUGUCAAGUGUUUUCGCCGCAACUGUUCCUUUUGAAAGCUUGUUCCAGUCCCUGAUUGUCUUUGGCCGGCAGGAAUGAGCAGUUCCUAUACUGUAUUUGUGCUGUUAUGAGCUGAAACUGCCUGUCAUGGCCUCGUCAACAUUGAUUCAACAAUGUCAUCAUGACAUUAUCCAAAAUUUCUUCUUUUAUCUAUGAAAUUUAAAUUAAUUUAAUGUAAUAACUAUUAUUAUUAAAUAAUUUAUACAAUAUAAUUCACUAUAACUUCUAGCAUUGCCUAAGUCAUGCUUAAUUGUGAAGUAGCAACAGUUAUUGACUCAAUUUACAGAGUAUUAACAUACACAAGUAUAGCCAGUGUUAUCACUGUUGUGUCAGUAUUUUUUUAUUAAAUGAUAGCGAUUAUAAUUGUAGGAGUGCAAUAAAAAAAAUUGCACAGUUUGCCGUAUAAUUUUAUAGUUGGUCAGCACACAUGUCUAUCAAUUUUGUGGUAUAAAAAUUUCAUCUAAAUGGCAAUCUUUUCUGUAUGGCCGUGGCUGAGAAUUAAAUAUAUCUGUCAACCUUGUACCAUAUACAGCUUUCUUUACCUCAUUGAAGGCUUUGAGCAAAAUUAAAUGAAGAGGUGUCCUAUGGAAUUGGAGUUGAAGCUCAUGAACAGUGCUGCAGGACAGAGUUCCUAGAAUUUUAGGGGCUUUCAUGUGUGUCUAGGUAUUAAGACAACAUUGGUCCUUGACAUGGCAAAGAUGACAAGGAUAAUUUUUAGUUAUAAAUCCAGGUAAGGCUCUGUAUUCUUUGGCAGUGGCAUAGGAAGAGGGGUGCAUAGGUUUUUCUUUAUAUGCAAUGACAGCAUUUUCAUCCAAUUGCAGCAUUUUUUUUGUGAAUGGUUUGGGGUGGCAAAAUGCUUGGCCUGACCAACCCUAGCUAUAACACUGUUCUUGAGACACUAUUUUGAGAUAGUAUUAAAUAUAAUACCUUAACAAGAAAAGCUGAAAAUCUGCUCAAUCUGUGAGAAAGCCCUAAAGAAAGACUUAAUACAUGACAAUAAUGAAUGGACAUUACGGAACAAUAACAAAAAUAUAUCAAUUGUAUGAGGAUCAAAUCAUAGAGAAGGCCAUUAAAAAUGGUGGGCUUUGCUGUCGCAGCCACUUUGAAAGAAUGCUAGUUAAGUAAAAGUGGUAUACGGAAAAACCAAAGGGUAGACUGCUCAUCAGUAGACAAUUGGAAAGAUGAUGUGGAGAUGGAUUUGCAUCAGCUUUGCAAAAUGCCAUUGAUACAAGUCGAAGGACUAUUUAUGCAGGCUAGAGCACUCUUUGGGCUGUUGUGCAAUAGAUGAUUUAUUUGUAAUAAUUCAUGCAUCAUCCAGAUCCAGUAGCCAUUUCCUGGUACACUGUGGCGUCCAGGAAUAGGUUUUAUUUUCAGAAGUACUGAUUUACUGUUGUUGUUGUGAGAUCUUGAUGCUCAGCUGCCUGAAUUAUUGAUUUGCAGUUGGGGGAUGAUCCCAAAUUUAUUUUUUUGCUCAGAUGAGCUGUGAAGAUUGCAGGCAGGUGGUGUAGUGCUGGCAGAGUCAGUUCUUUUUCAUAAUGACUGCAGAUAACACCACAGGGGUUGCAGAGUUCAUCAACAGGUCUGGGUAAUCUUUUCAUACACCACAGCAUGCAUUUAGGCCUUCUUUGAAAGUUGACCCGUCUGUAUAUAUUAUGAUUAUAUUGUCUGGUUUGGAUGCUAUGGUUUUUUUCAGCAGCUAUCAUUGUAUGUAAUGGUCCAUACUUUUCUAUCUUUUUUAUCAGCAGUCUGUAAAUGUUGGUGUGGGGGAUCAGUCUUUAGGUAUAAUUUGUUAGUCAUCUCUUUCUGUUGGUAGCUGGUGUUUCUCUUCAGUUUGGGAGCAUCUAGCAUUUAUUUCUUUUUAAUUCAAUGGUCCAUUUGUGAAAUAUUUGUCUAUUUGGGUGUUGUUUGUCUAGCAUUCUGUACCUAUCAACCAUCUCGAUAAUGCUGCCUCUCUUCUUAGAUUUAAUGAGUCAAUAUUUGUAUGCAUUUCACAUGCCACUGUUGUAAUAGACCUUAAACCUCCAGAAAUUAAGUGGACUGCCUGGCUUGGUAAAUUUUAUAGAGUCCUGUACUAUCUUGCUGCAAAUUGACUCUAAAUCAUUCAUGCAUAAAUUGAUUGCUGUAAAUAAUAAGGCCAAUACAUGAAAUAAAAAUGAUGCUUAAAUUGAUUUUUAAAUUUACAAAAAAAUAUUUGUUAUCUUGUAGGAAUCCAAAUUUAAAGAGACUGGCGUCAUAACUCCAGAAGAGGUUGGUUGUGUUUUUAAAAAGUUUAUUUAAUUCAAAAUAUUUUAAUUAUUGUAUAUACUGAUCCUUAAGCUGCCUUUUAAAAAAAUAAUUCAGUGGAAUAAGUUGGGUGGUCAGCUUUUGUUGUUACAGGAGAUUUUUAUAAUUUUCUACAUUUAAUAAUGAAACUAUUUAUGUAGAUUGUCAAGGUCCUAAUCUAGCAUGCUCUCAACAAGAUUUUAAUAUAAAGCCAGAAGUGUUUAAUAUUAAUAAAUAUCUGCAUAUCUUUUUUUAAAAUUAAUUUUCUUCCUGAAAUAAAAUACCUUAUUCAUCUUUCAUGUUUUAAAAAUUUUGAUUUUCUACAUUUAAUAAUGAAACUGUUUAUGUAGAUUGUCUUGGUCCUAGUCUACCAUGCUCUCUACAAGAUUUUAAAAAAUAGCCAGAAGUGUUUAAUAUUAAUAAAUAUCUGCAUAUCCUUUUUUUAAAAAAUUAUUCUCUUCCUGAAAUAUAGUACCUUUUUCAUCUUUCAUGUUUUACAAAUUUUGAUUUAAACAAUUUUCAAUUCAUGAGUUUCCACCUUAGUUUCAAUUGCACAAACACAAAAAUAUCGGUAAUAGAAGUAGUCGGCGCCAUUAUUCAAUUGUUUUUAGCACCAGCAUAAUCUCAUCUUAGAAGUUCUUUAGCACCCUGUUGCUGACAGUUUUGCACUUUUCAGGUGUUUCCUCUCCAAAGUUAAGGGGAUCAGCUUAUGAACAAACAGAGUUUAGAAUGAGUAGGCCAAUCUAUGGUAUAAAGGUUAAAAAAACAAAAAUAAUUAAAGAGACAAACAAUUACUAAACAUUUAAUAAUCUCUUAAACCAGGCCUGCACAACAUACGGCCCGCCACCACCCACUUUGCGGCCUAUGAAGUAACGAAUUAUUAUGUAUUCUUAUUAUUUUCUUAAUAGCUUUCCCCCCUGUCCUAUUUUCUUUUGGCCUGCACACGUUUUUCAUAAGAUAUUAUGGCCCGCCUUACAUUUUGAGUUGUACAGGCCUGUCUUAAACACUUAAAUAUAUUUCAGUUUGUGGCUGCUGGUGACCAUCUUGUCCAUCACUGCCCAACAUGGCAAUGGUCAAUGGGAGAUGAGAGUAAAAUUAAGCCUUAUCUACCAAAAGAUAAACAAUUUCUAAUCACAAGAAAUGGUUAGUUAGUUUUAAAAUUUGUUUGCUUUUGUAUUGUUGAAUAUCCUACUUAAAAAGAAGAAAAAUUAUUGCAACUUAUUGAAAUCCUGACCCUUCAUAAUUGUAUACAUUUUAAUUCGAUUUUUGUUUAAAGUCAGAUUCACGGUUUAGUGAUUUUAAGUAUUCAUAAAUGCUCUAAAACAUCUUAGUAAUCUUGCCUUAACAGUGAGUUAACAAUCACAUAAAUUAUCUGAUUUAACAAAAUGUCCACAUCAUCUUAAAAACAGUAAGCAAUUUGACAUAAAUAUUUAAGCAACAAUUUAUUAAUACCCUAUAGAAGAGAAGAAAAUAGGAAUCUAUUUCCUAAAGAUGAUGAGAGGCUUACAGCGUUUCUUAAUAAAAAGAUUACAAAAUAAAUCAUUUUUAGGAUAUUUGUCAAAUACACAAAUGAAGUUUUCAAGAAAAAAAAAAUUUUCAAUAUCACCUUGAGACACAUCUUAGAAGGCUGGGUUAUUGGCCCAACGGCAACACUAGCCCUAAGUUACGGGGUGGAAAAUACUGUCAUGACUGUCGCAAUCAAAAUUGCUAGAGCCGCCGCACAUCAUUGUUUAAUAGGGCUUAAAGCUUUUUUUGUGGAUUAUUUGUUCAGUUUUCUAAUCGCACUCUGCUUCACAAUAUUUCAGUGCCAUGUUACAAGAGAGUUAAACAAAUGGACAAUCAUCAAGAGGAGCAAGAGAAGGUCAUAGAAGAGGAGGAUGAAGAUGGAGGAUGGGUGGACACGCAUCAUUACGCCAGUAACAAAAAGCUUGAUAUUUAAAUAGAACAUGUCCUUUGAUAAAAUUUGUUCUUGAAAAUCAUGACUUCUUUCGAUUUAAAUGUUACGACGGGGGUCUGCAAAAUUUUUUUUAGCCAUAACCUCAAAAUAUAUUUUUUCAUGCAGAUGUUCCACACACAAACCCUCUCCCAAUUAGAAAUGAAUACAAUCAUAUACUAUUUAGAGUAACAAUGAUUAGUAAAUCUAGUUAGACUGAGAGUACAAUUUUAAAUUCAGCAGAUAAUGUUUUUAAAAAUGUUAUGUGAUGUAUGAUACUAUGUUGAUGUAUCGACAUAUUAAAAAAUUAUGAUUUAUUAAAUUUCUUGAACUUUUAUUUUCAGCCGACCAUUCAGUAAAUACCAUACAAGAAGACAUGGGUGAAAUGAGUCUGGAUGGAAAGGUAAAUUUGCUGAACAAGAUGAGCAUUAUUAAAUCAAUUUUUAUAAAGUAACAGUUGUGUUGUCCACAGGAUCUCAUUAAUGUAAAUUUUAGUCCUAAAUUCAAUUUAUUAUAAUCUCUUAAAUACACAGGAAUUAUUUCUGGACUAAACUAAUUAGCCACUGUAUUUAUCUAUAUACAGGACAACCCAGAUAAAUCAGUUUUAAUUGCAUUUUUAUUACCAUUUUUUAUCGUGGGAGUGUGAGAAACAUUUUGAAACCAAGAAGAAGGUGGGGACGAUGACAGCAAAAAGGUUAAGAAUACCUGUUCUAAACUGUGGAUUAUUUCUGUUUGAAUUUCCCAUUUAAUUAAUUGUGAUAAUUGAUAUAAAACUAAUAGGUCUUUGAUAAAACCUUUGAGAGCAUACAUUUGUAUUUUAUUUCAUUCUUGUAGGAUCCUAAAUCAGCCUCAUCUAACAUUGUCAAGAAGGAUGAUGAUGAUGAUGAUGACGAUGAUGACGAAGAGGCUGAGGACAUGGAGGCAUUUGAAGAGAGUGGAAUGUUGGAGGAACAAGAUGAGGUACUCAGCUUAACUUUUCAGUUUGAGAAAGUUUCACUUAUUGGUAAAGGUCAAAGGCCAGGGUAAUGUUAAGGCCACAUUUGCACUUUAUGCAACGCUCAAAAAUAUGCCAUUCCCACUCAACCAUCUUUAAAGCAGUGAUUCUCAACGGGUGGGUUUUGCAGCCAGAAGUAAUUAAAAUAAUAUUGUCAACCUGAACAUUAGUGUGCCAAAUGAAAUCACUGCACAGGAGAUUGUGCCAUGAACGAAAAAAAAAAAGGUUGAGAACAACUGCUUUGAAGUAUACGAAAUUAUAAUUAAUAUAUAUUUUAAGAAAUAAUUUGUAAAGUUAAAUUUUAAUAAUCACACAAAUUUUGAAUAAAUAUUGUAGUGCAAGCAACAACCAUUUAGCUAAGGUAAUUUUUAAUUUCUCAAAUAAUUCCUAUAAAGUCAACAAUGGCUGUGCCUGCUAAGAAAGAACCCCAAACCGAGGGGGCCUUUGGAGGGGACAGUGGAAUCAUUCAGACAAGAACCUAUGACCUAAACAUCACUUACGACAAGUAUUACCAGACUCCACGAUUGUGGCUAUUUGGUUAUGAUGAGGUAGGUGACAUUUGAGUGAUUUGAAGGGGAAGGCCACGAACAUCAACAAGGUUGAUGAACUUGAUCAGAAUGUAGCCGCUGUUCUCUUAACUGCUUGCUAUCCUCUCAGCUUUCAUGAUUUUUCAUGAAAGCAUUAAUAGCUGAUAAGAAAAAUAAAGACACUUAAUCCAUAACUUAAUAAUGUUGUUCCCCAAUUUCAUGAAAAAUUACCUCUGACAGGUGUCAUAAAUCUGAAUGAGAACUACAAUUGUCUGUUUGAUCUCAUAAAUUCAGAACUUUUCCUCAACCUCCAUGUUUCAAUAUUUGAAAUGUUGCAUUUCAUAUAGAGUGGAAUUUUAUUGAUUCUCCUUGUGUGGUCCCUUAAACUAAUUUUUUAAAAUUUAAUUACGCAAAAGUGUCAUUUUUUUAAAUAUUUUAUACCAACUUCGCUUUUGUGCGUUUCUUUGUGGCAAAAUCUUCGGCAGGCUAAUUGACCCACUUCCCUUCAUGCUAUUGAGCUGAAACUUUGAAAAUAGACUCGUUGCCGAUAACAAGACAUUUGUUCAAAUUUUCAGCCCAACCCCCAAAAACAAUUUUGUCCUGUUUUUUUAAAAAUACUUGUUGGUGCUGAAGAUUCAAGAAAGGCAAUUCAGUUGAACCCCUUUCAAAAGUUUUUUUUUAUGAGUUUAGUCCCUCUACAAAAGACAUAGCAGUAAUAAUAAAGUGUAUCUUACUAAAGGAAAUAUGAAACAUGUUUUCCCCAGAAGUUUACCCAUUUUCAUGUCCGCUUCUUAAUAAAGGAUGAAUCGUGUACAAUUACAAAAGAAAAUGCACUUAAAGGAUUUAUGUGAAAAACUUUGUUUUUAGGGGUCGGUUUUUGACUUUCAAUUUUCUCUGUUUGAUGUUUAUUAGAACAGUUCUGCUUUCUGUUUAACAGAAUAGAAAGCCACUGACUGUGGAGCAGAUGUAUGAUGAUUUUAGCCAAGACCAUGCCAAAAAGACGGUCACAAUGGAGACUCACCCAAACCUUCCUGGUCCCCCAAUGGCGUCGGUGCAUCCCUGCAGGUAAAUAAUAGGAAUUCACUUUUCAGACCACAUUCUCUAACAUUUUAUUAACGUUGGACCACAGAUUUUUAUUAAAUUUCUUUAUGGGUGGCCGUCGUGAGGAAAAACAUAUCAGAAAAUUGGCAUGGCCUUAGAAAUUCCUAUUAAAUUAAUACAGGUUUUAUUAGACUUAUUUUUAUCUCUUCACUCUUUUUCAUAUCGUCUGCCAGAAAUUUCAUAUAGAAAUUUUAUUGCAUUAAAAUGUUUCAUCUUUUAAUUCAAAAAUUGGUUUUUAAGGGGUUUACCAUGUUUAAAUUUUUAAAAAAAUUUUCAGACAUGCUGAUGUGAUGAAGAAGAUCAUCCAAACAGUUGCUGAGGGAGGUGGAGAACUUGGUGUUUACAUGUAUCCUUUUGUCUUCUGGUCUGGUGGUAUAUGGUCAGGCUGGGAAUAAAACUUAGGCUCAGAUCAGGGGCUCUUAAACUUUUGUGCAGUGCUGCACCCCAUCAUCAAUUUCAAAACUUUCCCCAGCAUUCCCCACAUACCCCACCGAUAAAUAAUGCUAAUAAAAAUGCAAAUGAACCAGGCCUUCCCCUCACACCGCCUCUUGCACCCCCCCCCCCCCCCCCCCCGCCCCCCCCCCCCCCCCCCCGGUGAGGGCACCCCUAGUUUAGAUUAAGGUUUAACUCUUAAUAUUUAUUAAUACUAUGUUCCCAACAGCAAGACAAUGUAUAAAACAUGUAGAGAUUGCUCCAUUGAUAACAAUAACAGGCUCAGAUAGAUGUAUCCCAGGGCAUGAAUAUUAAAUUUAAGGGAAUUAAAUGUCUCAACAGAGCCUCAUGGUGAUUUUUGGGGGCACCCUGCAGCCACAGGGAUUGCAUGGCCCAUGCCAUGGCACUGGUCCCAUUAACAGGUUGCUCUAACAAGGUUUCACAACACACUAACACUGUCAAGUGAAUGUUUUUAAAAAACCAAAAAGGAUAACUCUUGCAUUAUUGGUUUCAGAGUAAUCUCCCUUUUUUAAAACUUUAUGCUUCUUGGUUUAACCCUUGAACUAUGGUCGGCCGACAAAAUCGGCCUAUAUUCUCGUUCUGUGCUGUGACGGCCGAAAAAAUCAGCUGAUUAAAAACACGGUCCGAUAGCAACUUCCAAUCCACUAUUUAACCAGAGUUAUAGCCGCUUCCUUUUAUUAAUAAUUAAAUCAUCUUCUGGCUCAAGCUGUUUCGUGAUAACUUGAAAAUAAAUACUUUUUAAUAGGAGUUUUAUAUGGCAGUUUUUUUUCCAAGCUAAAAUGGUUGAAGGCUGGGCCUUCAGUGCAAGAACUAAUAGGAAUAUGUUUGAAAGCUUUUUAGGGGAGGAUUUAAGUGAUACUGAUGAUGAUUUCAACAUUCCCCAUGACGAUAUCAGUUGAGAUUAUUCUUCUCGUGAAUCUUAUACUUAUACUAGUCUUAGUGAUACUGAAGUAGGCCAAUUGAGGCUACUGUUAGUCUUCGAGCCAGGUCUGGAGGUUGGGCAAGUACUGACUGAAUUUUAGUCACAGAAGCUACAGAUUAUAGAUCAGAACUAAAAAAAAAUUAUAGUUAAAACAACCCAAAUCAGUUCCACAGUUCCUUUUUAAAUUUUUCUAGUCAAUAAUAACUAUUUUGCCUGAGAUUUUGUACUUUGUUUAGCUCUGGUCCCAGUUUCUUAUAUAAAUGACCUAAAAUUGCUUUCAGAGGUUUAAUUCAAUCAAAACCUCAGCAAACUAUACAUUUUCUGAAAGAUCCAUGAAUUGGCUACAACAUUUAGAUUUGUGUUUUAAGUGUAUUUAUAAAAAUUAAUAAUGUUAUGAGCACUUGAAAGCAAGACAUUUUGUGAGACACUGAGCAAAAAAAAAAAAACUUUCGGGGUGGGCAAUAUGGCCAACUUUAUCCCCAUCCAUUUACCUUUCUAAAAAUAUAUACUUAUUGGGGUCUUGUAUCAAUAUUUCAAUGUCAUUUAAUGCAAUCUCAAAAGGCACUCAAAGAGCUCUGAAAAGCUCCCCACACUACAGAAUGAUGAAUGUCACAGUUCAAGGGUUAAGAAGGCAUCUCAAAAUGUUCAGGUUGAUCCAAAUGGUUUUAUCAUAAACCAGAUAUCACCUAUUGUACUCUGUUCCCUUGCUGGUGAAUGUCUCUUCAUUUCUGAAGUUAGUACAGUCUUAGUAAGUCAAGCAAUAAUACUUUCCUAACAUUUAAGAAUUCAUCAAGAAUCUAGAAUCUGAUCAUGUUUAUUUCUCUUAACCUCAGUCCUAGGUACCUGAUGAUAUUCCUCAAGUUUGUCCAAGCCAUAAUCCCGACUAUAGAAUAUGACUACACACGACAUUUUACCAUGUGAUCACUUUCUCAAAGAAACAUUCCAUACACAUUCAAGCUUAAAUUAUUUUUAUUAAACCCUGCCAGGCUCAAGUUCAGCAGGUGCUGACUUGCAGAAGUGAAGGUGCAUGGAGGCUAGUCAAUCAGUUAACCAUUUGGCUGACCAAACAUAGCAGUAAAUAAUGGAAGACCGAAUAUAUAUAAUUGUUUAAAUAAUCUUCAAAAUGCAUAGAAUUUGACAACUAUAUAUGUAUCAGAGGCGUAGCUAAUGGGGGGGGGGGUAGAUGGGAACAGAUGUUCCUGGGCGUCAGACUAGUUUGGGGCGCCAAAAUUUGCUUUGAUAUUAUUUUAUUGAUGAACAUAAUGGGUUUCAGUGUUGACAAAAGAAAGGGAGGCGCUUUAAAAGGAAUCUUGUCCCCGGGCCCCAAACACUCUAGCUACACCUCUGAUAUAUAUAAAUCUACAAUUAAAAUAAAUAAAUAAAUAAAUAUAAAAAUGGUAUAUUUUUUAAGUCAACUGAAAAUUUGAAAGAGAAGAAGGCUGAAGAUUAUUGUCUGAUGUUGUUAUUUAAAGAAGCAUUUAUAAAUUUACCUGGUGCCAGAAGUGAUGGGCUUGCUGCCCUGGUCAGUGAUUUGAUGCACUGACAAAACUCCUAAGUAUUACAGAAACCCAUGGAAAGUUUGGUUGGGGGGCCCAUUUAUUUGUUGCAUCCUAAUUGACAUUUAAUUUUGAACAGGAUGAAAUUAUGUUAUUCUGUUUGACCAAUGAACUAAUGUUCAUCAAACAAAACACUCUUUUUUUAUUCACUCGAGGUCUUACAUUAGUUACAUAAUCUGUCUUUGCCAUGCUACUGUACAUCUACAAGAAUAGCGUGCUCGAACAACCAAAUGAUGUUUAACUUUGUCGAGGCAAGGGUUCAUUUAAAAAAGCUUAACCUUUCGUUGUUGCAGCAGUAUAAAGGGGUCCAUGAUGGUGAUGCCAGUCAGUUUUCAUUUUUCUCAUUUUAAUUUUUAUUUGUCUGUUCCAUUUCUUUGCUCCCACACCUAAUCAGCACUUUUGUCAUAUUGUCUUAUUUUUAAAAAAAAUAAUUCAGUUUUAAUAAUAAAUAUUAUUUGGAAACAAAUUGUUCUCAUGCAACACUGGGCAACACUUACAUUUAAUAAAAGAAAAAUUUGAACAAACAAAUAGGCCAGAGGUUCCCAAACUGUAUGCUGCCGCCCCCUAUGGAGCUGCAGCUGCCACACAGGCGUCAGGAAGUGUUAGAAAAUUUUCAUAAUGUAAUAUUAUGGCACAUCUGGUGGACUGUUUGCACAAGUCUUUACAAAUGUUUUGUUUAUGGCAGUUAUAAUAAACAGGUUUAUCUGUUGUUAAGUAGUCAAUCAAAAUUUGUGGGUACUUUGUGUUUUUAUAAUAAAUAGCUGUCAGAUUUGCAUGCUUUCAAUGUCUGUAUGGUAGUUUGAAAAAUGGAUAGAUUUUUACUUUAAAAUGUUUUAAAAUUAAAUAUCCGCUAUUUUGCAGUGCACUUAUUAUUAGAUUUGACAUAGAGUGCCAAGGGGCAAACCUGGCUACAGCAGGUGGACUGUGAUUUUUUUUUUUUAUUUUGGGAACCUCUGACAUAGUAGUUGAUAAUUUUGUUUAGCUGUGUUUGCUUUCGGUGUGACUCGGUGUGACUCGGUGCUUUGUUCAUCAAUUAGAAUAAAUUAUCAUUGAACCAUAAACUUUUAUGAUGAGGCAUUUUAAAACUUUCUCUUUUCGGCAUUUUAGUAAGUCUCAUCAUCACCAUCACCUUGAACCAGCAGCCACUAGGGCACACGUCCAGCAACCACUAGGGCACAUGUCCAGCAGCCACUAGGGCACACGUCCAGCAACCACUAGGGCACAUGUCCAGCAGCCACUAGGGCACACGUCCAGCAACCACUAACCACUAGGGCACAUGUCCAGCCACCAUUAGGGCACACAUCCUUAGGCCAUGGUAAUAAAUGUGCUCACUCUCCGCAGCCAGUUUAAAAAAUGCAGCUUUUUAUACAAAAAAAUCCCCAGUAAGUAGCUAUUUAUAUGACAUAACCGUUUCCUUUUUAAAAUAUGGAAAGAUUAGUACAAGCUGUAAACUAUUAAAUAAAUGUGUUCCUUUUAUUAGUCUGAUUAGUCCUGUUCCCUUUUCGCCUCAAGAUUAAUCCUGUUCCCUUUGGGCCUCAAGAUUAGUCCGGUUCCCUUUUCCCCUCAAGAUUAGUCCUGUUCCCUUUGCAAUUAUCAGGCUGUGUUAUAUUUCAUGCCAUUAACCUCUUCAUGCUCAUGUCUAGAUAUGGCUGCCUUCUGUAUCACUGUCAAGACACAUGAUUACAAAUUACAAAUAUUUUCUUUCACAAAUGAAUAUUUUGGGAGGCCACACCCAACAUUUUUAUGUACAUAAGUUGUAUACAUUAAAUGUCAUGACUGCUUAAUAAAAUAUCAUGUGCAUUGUUCUGUGCUUAUUUUUUCAUAUACUUUGUCCCAGUAUAGAUGAAACUGUUGUAACCUUUUUUGUGUGUUUGGUUGGAAUCAGCAGGUCAGUAUAGUUACAGCUCACAUCCAUCAGCCUGUUGGGGAGCAUGUGCUAAAAUCCAUAAG